CGACCCUCGGUGACUUCAGUACAGCUGAGCGACUCAAGGCGAUAUUUCUAGCUUUGUAACGGAUAUUACAUUCAGGAGAAUAUUAUUCUUCACUUUUAAAAAAAAUGAAGCCAAAGUUUUCAAUACCACAAUCCUUUCGAAAAAAGCUAAUUAAACACCAAACUUUGUGACGCACACCACUUUACUGUCGAUUUUAUUCAAAUUUUUUGAGAAACGUUUAACGAUAACAAUAGGUUUUUAUUGAAAAAUAUUGUACAGUUUUACCUAAUAUAUAAAGCAGAAUGUUAAACAUUUUUAGUUCUUUUUAUUACUACUUAGGAACUAGUGGUUAACGGGAAGGAGCGUGAAAAGCAUAGCUUUGAUAUAGUCAAUGAGCAUAAAUUAUUAAGGUGCUAGUCAUAAUUAUUGGUUUUGAUAAUGGUUACAUGGAAAAUUAAAAAUUAGGUAAUUUGGGCUGAUUAUUCCUGUAAAAAAAAAACCAUGGAACCUUACGCUGAUGAUCUAUUGUGGUUAGUUAUUUGUGGAUUUGUGGUGGCAUUUAUUUUGGCGUUCGGCAUUGGUGCCAAUGAUGUGGCCAACUCAUUUGGAACAAGCGUUGGAUCCAAGGUUCUUACACUAACACAAGCAUGCAUUCUCGCUACCAUAUUUGAAAUCGCCGGGGCGGUUUUAAUAGGCUAUAAAGUAUCAGAUACAAUGAGAAAAGGUAUACUAGAUGUAUCUUUGUACGCUGAUGGUGGAGAGAGACUCCUUGCUGCAGGAUGCCUCGCUGCUUUACUCGCGGGAGCGGCGUGGCUUAUCUUGGCGACAUUUUUACGUUUACCGGUUUCUGGAACACACUCUGUCGUGGGUGCUACAGUUGGAUUUACUCUUACAGCAAAGGGCCCAGUCGGUGUUCGUUGGUCUACUUUAGGUGCUAUAGUUUUGUCGUGGUUUAUCUCGCCGGUAUUAAGUGGAACGGUCUCGGCUCUACUUUAUUGGUUAGUACGCCGAUUUAUUCUUCGAGCCUCACAACCUUUGACUGCUGGAUUACACGCAUUACCUUUCUUUUAUGGAGCUACAGUAGCUGUUAACGUGAUAAGCGUUGUGCACGAUGGACCUAAAUUAUUAGCUAUGGAUAAAAUACCAAUGUGGGCGGCUUUAUCUGGAUCUGUAGCACUUGGUGCUGUAGCGGCAGUUUGUGUCCGUCUCUUCCUUGUACCAUAUUAUCGGCGACAACUUACAGCAAAUCCUGUGAAUUUUACCCUUGGUCUCUCAAAUGAAACAACUCCGGCAAAUACUCCAACACAUUCGAAUAAAACUAGCGUACCACAAAGACCUACUUCAUUACUUUCCGAAGAUGGAAAAGUUCUAGAAGCAAUUGCAGAAAGUGCUGAAAUGGUCACCUUAAGUGAUGCUGAUAAGUGUUCCCUUGGAAUCAGAGAAAUGAAUGCCAGAAACAGAGCUCUAUUGGCCACAAUGGACGAUUGCAGUAUCCUUUCACGAAGUCUUAGUCCUCCAGAUAAAGUCCGAUUGCAGUUGAUUGAUGCUGAUCCCCAGAUUCAUACAUUGAAGUAUAUUGACGAAACACUUAGUUGUUGUAAGAGCUUAGAUUCUAAUCAGCUUGUAGGAAUGGGUGAAAGCUAUGAUUCUAAGAAUGGAUUUAUAGGUGAUUCUUGUGAUACAAUUGCACGCGUUGAAUUGGGAAGGAUGACUGCAGUUGGAGCUAUGUCGGGUGUAGUUGAUUUUGAUACUCCUCCACCUAGAAUUGAAAAGGGACCCGAAGGGGGCAGUGCUUGGAGCAUAGAAUGCGAUGGCAGAGUGGGUCUACCAGCGAUAACACCCAACUCCAGCGCGGCCCCGCUGCUGAAAGCGACCACCCCGCCCCCGCCUGCGCCAGCCCCACCCCCGCCGCCAGAUACCUUGAAACUUUUCUCAUUUUUACAAGUCUUAACUGCUUCGUUUGGCGCAUUUGCACACGGUGGUAAUGAUGUAAGUAACGCUAUAGGUCCUCUGGUUGCUUUAUGGUUGUUAUAUUCUGAGGGAGGUGCGCAUGCUCGUGCGGAGACGCCGCUAGCGAUUCUUGUGUUUGGUGGCGUUGGUAUCGCACUGGGCUUGUGGCUAUGGGGACGUCGCGUUAUCAGAACUGUUGGCGAAGAUCUUACAAGCAUUACACCGGAUACUGGUUUUACCAUAGAACUAGGAGCAGCUCUCACUGUGCUGGUAGCCAGCAAGGCGGGGUUGCCCGUAUCUACUACACAUUGCAAAGUUGGUUCGGUCGUUUGUGUUGGAUACUCCUCAGAGAAGGCUGUUGAUUGGAGUCUGUUCAGGAACAUAAUUUUCGCAUGGGUGGUUACAGUUCCCGCCGUCGCGGCCAUGGCGGCGCUAUCUAUGCUUGCGCUUGAAGCAUUUGUUGUUUAGUAUUAAUUACAAUAAUUAUUUGCACAGAAACAUUUAAAUAAAAACAUAUAGAUAACUGAAGAUUAGAGUCAUUAAGAUUACGAAAAUUACAUAGUACCUAUUUAGUUUUUUAUUCAAGUUUUAUUAUCAAAAUUAACAUCCUUUAGGUGCCUACCUUUAGCUGAGCUUUAAAGGUUCAACUUACUUAAUUAAUUGUUUAUUAAGUGACGUAGUUAAUGGUACGGAAUUCUAGCUAUAAACUUUGUUAGUAGGCACAUAAUUAUAUACCUACAAUCUACAUACACAAUGUAUAUUAUGUCUAAAUACAAGUAGUUUUUCAAUGACUUUACCUUCAUAAAACUUUUAUACUUUCAUAGAAUUGAACUUCUUCACUAGUUCAAUGCGUUAAAUAAGGAAAUUGUAUGCAGUAUGAGCCGUGUCUAAGACAACACUUAGCCAAGAAUAAUGAUGACACACCACGAUUCUAUAUUUUUUCCAAACUUAUAUAUAGACGAUCUUACUGUUCUGUGUAUAGACUAUAAUAUAGUUAACACGUCUUGUAUAAAAUUGACUAAAUAUGCCUACAAUGUAGUUGAAAAUGUUGUUAAAUAAAAAAUGCAAAUUGCUGUU